CUCUAACACCCACGAAGCAGAGCUGGACCCACGCUCUCAUCAAUAAGCGACGAACAUGGCCGCCUGUGGGCUGUUUCGCUCCGUGUCUUCCAACUUUUUCACAGUAUUGCCUUUACUCACCCGCUCGGCAACACUUUCCCCGUUGCGGCUGGCGUCCACACCUUAUUUCGGAAGGACGCUAUCCUCCUCUAGCCGGGCAGCAGCAGCACUUAAAUUCACAGACAAGCACGAAUGGAUCCGAGUAGAAGACGACGGGGUUGGGACUGUGGGUAUCAGCAACUUUGCGCAAGAGGCUCUGGGAGAUGUAGUUUACUGUGGACUGCCAGAUGUGGGAACACAGCUGGCUCAGCAAGACGAGUUUGGAGCUCUGGAAAGUGUGAAGGCAGCCAGUGAGCUAUAUUCCCCUUUGACUGGAGAGGUUGUAGAGAUCAAUACGCUACUGGCAGACAAGCCUGGUCUGGUCAACAAAUCCUGCUACAAAGAUGGUUGGCUGAUGAAGAUGACCAUUGCCAAACCUGCAGAGCUCGACGCUCUGAUGGACGAAGCAGCCUAUGAGAGAUACAUCCGCUCCAUUGAGGACUAACCUGAACCCUCCUAAUAAGUGCUACGCUCCCUUUCUCCUUUUCAAACAACACUGGCAGGGAAAUCCACAAGGUGUGCCUGUGUCGGUUACAACACCAUGCUUAGCAUCCACAAGGGGAGCUUAAGAGCUCCAGAUCCUGACCUGCCACUGUUGUAGAGCUGUGAGCAUUAGGAAUCCUUUUUCUACUUUAGGGGACCUGUCAAUCUGCACUGACUAAACAUCUUAUGUUGAGUUGUUGCAGCCUCAAAUCCUCAAACAAACGAGACUGUUACUCACAGUCAAUAGAAGUUUCCAAGCAUUUCAGUCAAAACUUGAAUUUCUGUUGUAGGACAUUGUUUAAAAAGCACUUUGGUCUUUAUGUUAUUAAUAAUAAUGUUGGUCUACACUGCAUGUUUUAAAAGCAACACUGUAGACAUGUAAAUUAGAAAAUAAACAUUUCCUGAAACAUUG